UCGCCUAUCCCAAACGCAGCAUCCUUCCCUCCCUAUACAGCAUAUGACCGUCAAUGAACGCACCACGUUUUGGCUUAACGUGUGGUGCUCCGGUCCAAACGGAUUCUUUUGUGUAUAUCAUAAUUUAAAAACCGAGCAUUUAUGCGGGACCUGCAGCACAAUCUGGUUAAUUUCCGUGACCCUGAAAUAAACGUGACCGACAGAUUGAUUUAAACGCGCGAGCGAGUCGACUUCAUCCACUGAGAAGCCGAUUUUUGGGAUCGUAACCAACUGAAUGAAGACUAAACGUGGGGAAGAAAUGUUGUUGUGACUAAAUACGUGUGGUAAACGGAAACGGUAGGCUGAGAGUUAUUCAAACCACAAAACAAGGACCCCGAGGUCACGUUUAUUAUUGUUGACAGGUGAAAUACCGUCGACGGUGUUGGUAUUUGCAUCAACCUAGGAAAACGGUAACGUCGUGCCCACUGAAUAUGUUUUAAAAGACUAUAGGGAAUGUAAUUGAAAUUAUCUUUAAUUCAUAUGUAAUGUAGACGCAUGAAUGAUGUAUUAUUAGCAUAUUUUUCGUGAACAUUACGCACUGUUAGACAUAUGCCUUGAUGUUUGACAGUUGGAAAUACAGACGCUUUGGCGAAAUAACAGAUGGCAUGAGCAUAUCCGGUCAUAGUAAACAUUUACUGCGUGUGUUAGCAACUUCAUAUGCAUUUAUUUAAAUGAGAGAAAGACACAAACAUCAAAUGACGUUUUAAAUAGGCAGCCUGCUAAAUCUACUGUUGAUAUUUUAUGUAAAAAUCAAUGUAAAUUGCCUCAUUUCAUACAUUUAGCAGGUCAUUCCUCUUCAUAUUUGGCUAUAAGUCUAUAACUUUAAGUUGAAAUUGAUCCUAAGAGAUAUAUCCUUACGUUCACACAUUAACAGAAGCAAUAAUUCACAAAAUACAUAAGCAAUAAAUAACAUUUAGUGUAAAAGUGAAUGUCUGAAUGUAUGUCUGCAUGAAGCCAAAGACACAUAAUCAUUAAGGAGAUCCAUUUUCCAUUUUAAACUCACUGUGGCAAAGAUUGGAUCACUUCAGAUGUUUUUUUCUCAGGUUAAAUCAGUCAACCGAUGUUUAAAAUAGCGCAAAAUCCUUAGUUAAUGUCACUUGUCUUCCAUUAUCUGCAUAAAUUUCUCAUUCAAAACUAGAUCACAAACCUCAGCUCCAAGUCUUCCACUGUCAAGAAAACGUUGUCGUUUAGUGAAUAUCUCACUAUAUAUUUUAAAAAAAAUCAGAUUAGAUAUUUAUCAAAGUAUUUUAUCACUAGAAAAAGUGUAUUAAUAUCAUUAUUAAGUAAGUACUGGCUAACAUAAAUAGGUCAAGAAGAACAGCUACUGACUGAAACUUGAGUCUGGCCUCUCAGCUCUUUUUUCUUUCAUGGAGUAACUGAAUACUCUGGACUUGUUGGAUUGAUCGCCUGCACAGAGGGCGUCACAUCUCUGAUACUCCCUCACCGGACUACCUUGCUCCUCGUCAAAACACUCAUCUCCCACCCGACAGGAAGGACAGGAGGAAAACAUCAUCAGGGUCUGAAUUAAAAAGGAAGCCCACUGUCAUCUUCUUGCCUGAACUGUUUUCCACACUGUCAAGCUCAUCUGUUCACAGAUCCAGGGGACGUAUUUCCUUCGCAGAGCUCCUGUCUCGCUGUGGACUACUUGCCGAGACCUCCUGCUCUUCAGUUUGAGCCUGUGUUUUUUGUCUGUGUUUGUGUGUGUAUGUGAAAGACAGAGACACGACUCUGAAAGCAACGGCUAUCAUCUGUGAAGAUGUCUGCAGUGCGGCUUCUGUGGGUCCCUUUGCUGUUGUGUUUAACACACGCUUGGCUCUGCCAUGGGGCGUGUGUGGAGGUGGACUCCGACACGGAGGCAGUGAUGGGCGAUGGCUUCAAAUUGGGCUGUAUCUCUUGCAAGAUGAGAGGGGAAGUGCCAGCCUCUGCCACAGUGGACUGGUGGUUCAUGGCCAAAGGCGAGAGUGAAUUUACACACAUCUACAGUUAUGCAGAUAUGACAGGCUACGUAAUGGAUGACCGCUUUGUUGACCGCCUGGCCUGGAACGGCAGUAAAAAAACUGAUGAUGUGCAAGACGGCUCAAUUUACAUCCUCAACGUGACCUUCAAUGACACCGGCACCUAUCGAUGCUUCUUCGACCGCACCCUCGUCUUCCCCAAUUAUGAGUACCGCACCAAUGCCACCAAGUUUAUCAUCCUCAACGUAGUGGGCAAUGCUACACGAGGCAUGGCAUCCAUCUUAUCUGAGAUCAUGAUGUACGUGUCAAUCAUCGGGCUGCAGUUAUGGCUGUUGGUGGAGAUGGUCUACUGUUACAGGAAGAUCGCAGCAGCGGGAGAAGAAGCGCUGAGAGAGAGCGAGGCGGAAUAUUUAGCUAUAACCUCGGAGAGCAAAGAUAAUUGUGCAGGUGUAGCUGUGGCAGAAUAACACAGGUCCAAAAAAAGUCUCAAGCCAAAAGCUUGAAGCUAUGUCCAUUAUGACAUCACCAACGGCCUCCUCCGUCACCCUCACCGUAUGGCACCAUCACUGCCAUAACCACAGGGCCGCUGUUUUCACAACAACUGUGACAGAAACACCAUUCUAAACCAUCAGGGAAAUGCAGUCACACAUUACAAAAAAAUGAAGUGUUUUGUUUUAAGGCCCUAGACAACAAUUUGAGGUUAACAAAUGAAUGAAGCAUUUAUUGGUUCAAGCAUGAAUCUGUAACACUGAACAUAACAAAUUGUACUGAACAUUGUACAUACGUGUUUUAGCUUUUAACACCUUUUUGCUUUUUUCCACAUGAGAACUCAGCUUUAAAUGUGAUAAAAAUGAGUCACCAGUAUAUCUACUGAGCCAGAGGACAUCAGAAAUAUUAUAGUGUGUAAAAAUCUACAAGUCACUAGUAUAUUUACUGAGCCAGAGCGAAAACAUAUAUAUAUAAAAACAUGAUCUAAUCAAAUCGAAUUAUAUGUGUGAAAACAUAUCUAUAUAUAUAUAUAAUUAAUUUAAAGAUCACAAAUACAUAUUAUGUAAUAUAAAGAUUAAAAAAAACAACAACAACUUAUUAACAUAUAUUAGGGGUGUAACGUUGAACAUAUUAUUUCGGUUCGCACGCAUGUGUAGCGAACCAAUGCAGCGUUGUUUUAACCACUGCAGAAAUUUUUAAACACUGCAAAAACUGAUUUUCCCUCUUUGGAUGGGAAACUUGUAUUUCACAGUUGUAUUCUUAUGAAAUUCACGCCAGUAUUUCAAUUUCUCAGCGAGUCUCAAUUUAUCUCCACAGACUUAACUGAACGAGCGCCGGUGUUGUCCCGACUUCUGACCCCCGCCAGAUACCCCCCUAAAUCCCCAGUAUAGGUAGGUUUAGGAUUAGGUUUUGGGGUGGGGUUAGGAUUAGGCAAUCAAGUAGCAGCUUCAACGAGGGAUAAUAAUUUGGCAGGGAGUCAAAAUUAGGCACAACACCUGUGCGCAUUAGAAUGGGACUGCAAGAAUUCUAACUAAAAUAUACAUUUUGCAUCCAAAAUUGGAAGCACUUCAAAUCUCUUCCCAACAAAACAUUGAAUCGCAGCAGGAACAGUGUUUUGCAGCAGUAUUGGCAGACUUCUAUAUUUAAAGGGAAAAACAUAGUUUGUUCAGUAAAGCAAAAAAAAAAAAAACACACCAAACUGUGACUUCAAAACCGAGGUACGUAUCAAACCGUCAUUUUUGCGUAUACCGUUUCACCCCUAAUAUAUAUAUAGAAGGAGAAAUCAGACAGAAAAUCUCAUGUUUGGCAGCUAGGUACUGUGAUUAGCAUUGCAUAGCUAAUGCCAACAUAAUAAUAACGCACAUUUACAACAAGAGCUUCCUAUCUGAAUACAGUCCCUCUCACAUACAGGGGACUUGCACCAGAACUAACUUAACUAAUCACAGCUAAGCUAACCAUAAUUUUUAAAACUUUUUUUCUAAAACAGUAGUUCACUUAAAGGUACACUAUGUAACUUUUGCUGCUCUAGCGGUAAAAAAAAAAAAAAAAAUGGCAUGCAUUUUGCUGAAGAACAUUGUUUUGGUUGUGCUUAGGCUCUGAGUGAGUGUACAGAUGAAUAUGACCCUUCACAAUAGAUAUUGCUUUACAGUGAACUCUGUUAGAGAGCUACAGUUUGUCUGUUUAAUAAAAUACCUUCACCACUGCCACCCCCACACCAUAACCAUGUCAAGCAAUAAUAACCAACAACUGCAGAACUGUAGAGCCAUACGUCACAGCAGUCUGAGGACAGCAGCGCCAGGCCAGCAGUGUCAGGAGCUGUUACGACAAACAUGUCUUCUAAUAUCUUCAAUUGUUGCGCAUAGCUGCAGAGGACACAUUUGUAAAUUAAUUUACUUGGACCCAUUGUGCGAGCUGUCUCUCUAAUACCGCGUGGUUUAUAUACAUGUUGCUGCUGAUUGUGCUGACAUUUUUGACACACCCACCAAACAAGAGAAAACAUAUCUCAAACUCCGUUGCACAACGUUUCCAGGAAACAUGUCGUUCAACCCGGAAACCGUAGCAAAAUGUUGCGCGCCGGUUUGAGCUUGAACGUGCCCCAGACCUUCUAACGUCCAUCUGAAGGUCUGGCUACGUGAGACUAUCUCCUUGUAAACUGCAAAAACACGAAUCUGUGGAAACUGUGACGGCAUGCACAUGCGUAUUAUGCAUUUAGUCUAUCCACCAAUUUUUCAACGCGGAAUUAAAGUGCAGUGUGUAAAUGUUAGCGGCAUCUAGCGGUGAGGUUGCAAACUCCCUUUCGAAGCAAAAUAGAGAAGCUACGGUGGCCGUGUGGCUGACACAAGUCAAUGAUGUUGUCAGACACAAGACAGCAGAGAGUACAUCAGCCAGUCAAGCAAUGAGGUUUCUUCUUUCUUCUAACAAGGAACUAUCUCUGCUUCUAAUAAACCAGACGACUACUACUACUUCUUUGUGCGUAUUCAAUGUAGUGUCGAUGCAAGCUGCCUCUAAAAACAAAUUAUUUAGAAGAACAACAUAGUGACGAAACGCACUCUGUGGAGCCGUUUGUCCGUUUAGGGCGACUGUAGAAACAUGCCGACACAAAAUGACAACUUAACAUGUAAGGGGAUCCGCGGUGUAUGUAGGUAGAAAUGGCUCUUUCUAAGGUAAUAAAAACAUAACGGUUCAUUAUGUAAGGUUUUUAUAUACCACUGAAAACAUAGUUAUGUAUAUUAUAUAGCAUUUCUGUCAAUAGGUCCUCCCAAAUUUUACUCAUUGCACUUUUAAGGUGUUUUCCAUGCAUGUGCGAGACGUCUGAUUUAUUAGCCGCUAUAGGGAAAUAAUGAGAAGAAAGUGCAGUAAACUAUAAAAAUAAGGUGGAUAGGCAUGCGCGUUUGGCGCGAGUGCUCUUUAUAAGAAUGCGUAUGCGCAGGCGCGUAAUCUUUCUUUACAAAGUGACAUCGCCAACUACUUGUCUAGCAUGCGUAAUACAGCGUUUUUAGUCAUUUUCGCAGAUCCGUGUGAACGGGGAUAGUUUUGAUAAUGUUGUCAUCUGUACAAAGAAAAAAGUUUUCCUUUUUUUAGUACAUCAUUGUCGUGUAAACAUACCCUCAGACCAGUGUGGGGUGGAGAUUAUAGCAUCAUUAAGGGUAGGUUUAGGUUUUGAUGGGGUCCAAGCGUGCCACAUGAGUCGUGAAAAGUGAAGCCAAAGCGUUUCGAUCGCCCCCAGGUGGCUGGAUGCAGUAUAGGUAAUAAACCCCGCCCUCUCCAUGUAGCGUAAUGGGAAGUGAACAAUUAUCAACUGUAAUUUUUACCUAGGAAACUCGUAUUUACGAUAUUUCCUAGAGCACGUGGAGGCAGCAUAAGUCACAAUUUCCCGCGAAAACUAUCCCGUCAGGUCUAAAAUACAAACACUUAUAAUAGGCUUACCAUAGUGAAUCAGGGACAAAAACAUGUUUUGGAAGGAUUGAUUAUGUGAUUAAAUGUUGUUAAUUUUGAACAAAAAAAGUUACAUAGUGCACCUUUAAAUUGUUCUUUGCAUUUACAAAACGCCACAACCAGCUUUCUAUAUUUAGUCUUUACUGUCUCAGUAUGAAACAGUAAAGAUAUUCAGCAUUAUAAAGCACAAAAUAUCUGUUCUGGGUGAAAAGCAGACGUUGCCAGUAGCGUAUAAAGCUAUUUAAAUCGUUCUCUUAAAAGAAAUAAAAGCAAAUGAAUGUCACAUAUAUGCUAUAAUCAUAGACGGAAAGAAAGUACAUUGUUGUCUAAGAUUUCAUAGCCGAGUUCAGCUACCGAAACUAACGUGAUAAACAUAUUAAGAAUGUGCCGUAGAUUAUCUGUCUGUGCUAUAAAUCAUUUCUGUUGACCUGAUCAUCCCUCCCCUUUUCGUUUUGUCUUUGCUGACAAGAUAAUCAAGGGCUGCAUGAAAUCGAUUGAGAAUGAGAUGCGCAAGUCUCUGGCUCAUAAUGCAUGAUGAUUUCAAAAGAAAACUGAAUGAUAAAGCAGGAAUCAAUUGUAUUCAUUCACAAGUGCGGUAAACACCUUCCAGUCUUUCCUCUCCCUCUUAGUAGCCAAUUUUUGGUAGUGACUACAGGGGGCAGCACAACACUGCCAGAGUCUCGCUGCCUUUUAUGCAUGAAUGAUCAUUCUUGAGACUUCCUAGCUCUGUUUUUCUUACUUUUAUAUCUUUCAUUCGGUGGUGGUUAAAUUGGUAGAUUUCUACUGCAUGACUUUAAAUACACUUUUAUGAACACCGUCAUAAAUGCGUAACGCCGGAUACGUCUCAUCAUUCCUGACCAAGCAAAACUACCACCACCACAGCUUCUUUUAGUGCUGUGAUUACUAAAACAUCGAUGGUAUCAUACUAACACUUAGAUGUGUCACAGAAUAUCAUAACUAUCUGACAAUGUCUGCACCUCUGUGGGAGUCUGUACAGUAUAUGCACUCAACGACUUCACCGCCUCAACAACUCCAGGAUGCAUUUCAUGUUGAAGUGAAAAUGUUGCUUGCCAAAUAAAUUAUGACAAGACAAGAUCGUAUGAAAUAAAAUACAUUUGAAAAGUA